AUGAAAAUCAUUGUACAAGCACAUGGCACAAACGUAUACCAUCGGGAAGAACAAAAAGUCCAUGAUUAUGUUAAAGACUUUAUUCCGUUGGGUUUAUCGCAGCUAAAAAAGAAAACUGAUCUCAUUGAAUCCGCCGUUUGGUUAUGUGAGGUCGUGGAGUGGGGUAGCGAAUGGCAGUUCUACUUACAGGAUGAUGUAGUUGUCUACAAGGCACCGUAUAAAGGAGCCACAAAACCAGACAUCCGUAUUGUAGAUGACAUGAUACAGAGGCUCCAGUACUGUUCUACUGGACCUAAUACCUACGCUUUAGAUGUAGAUGUACUAAGUUCAGGUAAAACUGCAUUAAUAGAAAUGAAUGAUGCAUUUGCUGUCAGCGCCGAGACAUUCCCGCAGACAUCUAUACUGAAUGGUUAUUCUCUCGCUGGAAUUCGUAAAUGGCGUAAUCCAGGAGUUUUCAGGUCUACAUCAUCAAGGUGUAGAUGUGAAUAA